GGGGAUGGAAAAAACUCACAUCUGGAAAGGGUUGAAAAGAGAAGCGGGUAAGUCGUCCCAGAUGGAAAAAUACAUGAAGUCAAAAGGUUCCAAAUCAGGAAAGAAGACAAACUAAUUGGGCGAAAAGAGGUGACCAGAGAACAGCACAGAGAAGAGCAGCAAAAGAGGAUCUGCAACGGAAAAGGAAAAAAGCCAGGGAUAAGCAAGUCCGGGAAUGCGAAGUGGAGCCAAACAACAGAACAAAUAGACGGAACUGAAACAUUGCUUCAGGAUGUCGGUAUCGUGCAAAUGUUUGUGCUGCGUCAAAUAUGUGAUGUUUGUGUUUAACCUCAUCUUCUGGUUAGGAGGGUGUGGAUUGUUUGGCGUUGGAGUUUGGCUGUCCUUCACACAGGCAGAGUUUUCCUCUCUUCCUCUUUCCUUCCCAUCCCUCUCGGCAGCCAAUCUGCUGCUGGUGGCUGGCGGGAUUACCAUGGUAACGGGUUUCCUGGGCUGUCUCGGAGCCCUAAAGGAGCAGCGCUGCCUUUUGUGCAUGUUCUUUGUGAUCCUGUUGCUCCUUGUCUUGACCGAAGUUGCCCUUGUUCUGGUCAUACACAUCUUUCGUGAUCAGCUGGAUUCCAAAGCUCAAAAUGAAUUAAAGGAGGGGAUGAAGAGUUAUGAAUCAGAAACUGGGCUGAAAAAAUCCUGGGAUAAUGUCCAAAAAAUGUUCAAAUGUUGCGGCGUCACUAACAAAACCGACUGGUAUGAUGUGCUCAAUGGAACGCUGCCAUCGUCCUGCUGCUCUGUUGGGAUCGACCAAUGUACCGACGGAUGGAGUGAGAUGUGCCAGAGUGUGCUGCAGCACAAGAGCAACAGCAACUGGAACAGAAUGUUUCUGUUCAUGGGAGCACAAUAGCCUGCCAAUGAGCUGGGCAGGAUCUAUUAAGUAUCGUUGUACAGCUGCCAGAAUGGUAAAGAGCGAGGGUGUACUGUACAUACUGAAAACGUGCCUUAUGUCAGUGAAGGAAUGUGCCAAUAUUUUCUUAGGCAUAAGUCCACAAUUAUUAAUAGCCAAAAUGUUUGUAGAGUACACAGUAUGUUCUUAGAAGGAGUCAAGUUCCCAUUAUUGCACCAGAGUGAACGACUCUCUGUCAACCAAUCAAUAGACUGCCGUGUCUGGUUCCACACUUUGGGUAUCGUACCACUGCUGUAGGUACACCAUAUAUACAAAAGGGUCCCAAAAAGUGGUCCUAAUUAGUUCUUUGAAACUUUUGGCUGAAAUGGACAGCUAGUAAGCUAGUAAGGUACUGUUAUGUCUUUUUUAAAUAAUGUCCAGAGACCUCGGAUUACAAAAACAAGGUUCCAGAUUGUCAGACUGUUUGUCUAUCAAGAAUCACCCUUUGAAUUUCAUGUGUUAUAUUCUUGCUGCGUUUCUGACUCUAUGAUUAUCAUCACAUUUUCCCUCGUCAACCGCCUGUGUUGGAUUCUCAAAAAAGCCAAAGAAAAGGUGAAACUUUUCCACCAAAUUGACUACUAAUUUGUACAAAUGGGGUACUGUCAUCAAUAAACUAAUCAUUAUUUUCCCUGGAUGAAUCGAAGAUAAACAUCUAUCUAAACAGUGUCUUCUGUGAGAAGUGGCUGUUUGACAUAUUGCUGUUGAACUUGUUGCACCAUUAUUGCUUAGAAAUGAAUAAGUACAUCUGAUAGGGGAUACAAAUGCCGUUUUUAAGUCAUUAAGUCACAAAUAAAGACAACCAAAAGCUUCCAAGGGUUCUAGCAUUUGUAAGACAGCUAUUUGACUUGUCAGUGUGUGUGUUGAAAUAGUUUAUUAAACAAGAAUAAAGUUUGUGCUUAGUGUGUAACCACGGAAGUCUGCUGCUGUCCAGCGUCUUAUACUGUAGACUCGUGGCGUCACGAGUUUAAAACGUGAUAAUAUGAUCUGUUUAGAGAAAAGCUAUAUCGCGGCAACAGGUCAGCCAGAAGUCUACCGGUGGUGCUAUGGCAUCGCUGCUUGAAUGAUAAUACACGUAAUAUGGAAGUGGCGGUGGGCGAGGCAGGAUUGGAACCACAUAUUAAGUACUUUAUACAAACUAUAAACAAAUAGGCGUAUUGCUAUAAACCUUGCAAUCCAAUUUACCUCUGUGUUCCCAGGGUUACUCGCUCACGACGUGUGUUUUUUCCAUUAGAGUUGAACAGCUGCCGCAGCGUGACUCUCCAUGCAGACGUUUGAUCAAAGUUCGUCAUCUUAAAAUACGAUCGCUGCAUUAGUCUUCCAUCAAAACGUGAUACAAGCAUCGAGCUCGCGACUUCCUGGUACCUGUAAGCAUCAUGGGAACUGUAGUUCUUUCAACGUAAACAUAAAACUAAUCCACACUUCAAGAUCAGUGAUUAGCGGUAGCAGCUACAACCGCCCUCAUUAUUUUAACUUUUCCAAUUUAUAGUUUUUGUUCCAAUUUGUGGUUAAACAGUUAAACAGUUAAAAGCAUCAUGCUUGUAGGUCAUGCAGGCAAAGAUACAAAACACUUCAAAAUGUACCUGCAUUGUUUUGUGAAGCAGUUAAAUUAAAAAAAGUUUGUUUUUCCAGUCAUAUAUGUUGUCAUUGUAAGUAAUGUUAAUAUAUUGUCUCGUCUUGUGAACCCAAUAUUUACUAAUUUUGUGAGCUGAGUGCUCUGUGGCACUCCUACUACUCAUAGUGCCUCAACACACUUGUGAAAAGUAAACAAACACUUGGUCAUUCAGGACGAGUUUAGUCUUUGAGCAUGACUUCAUGAAGCCAGUUAGUUGCGCUUAAUGCAAUGCCCUAAGAAAGACCAGCAAGGCGAAGACAGCAAAUGAACAAAGUAAAAGCCGAAAUGAGUUUUCUCCGUAGGGUGGCUGGGCUCUCCCUUAGAGAUAAGGUGAGAAGAACAGUCAUCCCAGUGUAUAAAUACCGAGAGGAGCCAGAUGAGGUGGCUCGGGCAUCUGGUCAGGAUUCCUCCCAGACGCCUCCCUGUGGAGGUGUUCAAGGUGUUGUCCGGUCAGUAGGAGGCCUCAGGGAAGACACAGGCCACAUUGGAGAGACUAUGUCUCUCACCUGGCCUGGGAACACCUUGGGAUCCACUGGGAGGAGCUGGACGAAGUGGCAGCAGAGAGGGAAGUCUGGUCUUCCCUGCUGAGGCUGCUGACUGCUGUAAGUAUUAGAUUGGACUCAGCUCCAGAACCCUCCCCUUCUCUCUUCAAGUGCCAUUGUUCACUCGCGGCACAAUCCAGGUUUAAGCCCUAAAUAUGCCUCACACACUUAUUACACUCAUGGAAAGUACAAAAUGUUUUGAUAUUUACCACUGAUGAAUGAUAAUGUAAGAUGAUCGAUGAACAGAUGGGAUCAGUGUCACAGUGUGGCCUUGAGCCUGGUUGUCAGGCUAAUGCUAGAGGCUAACAGACUUGGGUUUAUACAUAAUCCACACUGCUUGCCUGUUGUAAUGCCAGUAACAAUUUGCUCAUAUAUUAACUUGUGUUCACCUCGCUGCAAGUUUUGAGGCCGUAUUGACAGUAGAAGCCUGGUGCUUCCAUAGCCAAACAAACUUUUGUAUCACAGCACACAACUAUGGUGAAUUCAAGGACAGCCAACGAAAGUGCAAAAUCUCAACUCUUGACAAAAAAAACAUUAUAAGUGAAGAACAAAGACAUAAACAUGUAUAAAUUGUGGGCUUUUUUUUAACAGUGGUACAUGUGAUUUUUGUAAUUUGGAUUAUUCUUCGCCUUCAGCUGCCGCACGUUAAGCAACAACAGUGACUCCCAGCAUUGCAAUAAUGGCUAAAAAAUAAAUACGCUGGUGUAAAGCGGUGAAUAACAUCAUUUUGAGGAUUCAGUGCCAAGGAUGACUGCUUCUUGAAUGGUUUACUGACUUCCUCCUUGUAGAAGGUCAAAGCUCGGCACUUCCUCAUAUUCUUAUUGAACGUUUCUAAAAAUUAAAAAUGGGAACUUAUUCAUUGUGAUGUCUUUGUUCCAUUCUAAUACUUGGCAGAAGUUUUUUUUUUUGGUCAGUCUAAAGAACGGUUGUAUAUGUAGCCAACAAACAAACAAACGCACACAUUGUUUUAUUUGCUUUACCAUCAGACUGCAAAAUGUGUGUGUGUUCACUCAACACGUCCGCCCAUGUGCACAGUUCGCCAACAGGAGGUUUCCCAGCAUGCCUUGCGGGUUAUAAAUUAUUAUAACAUCAUACAGUCAAACCUGUCUUAGCGGCCACCUGUAUAGAACGGCCACCUGCCUAUAGCGGCCACUGAAAAAUACCCCGCAGAAAACUUACGUUUUAUAGACCCUGUGUAUAGCAGUCACCUGUCUGACGCGGCCAGCGGCCACCCAUUUUGUCUCCCUUGGUCAAUAUCUGACCGCAUAUAGCGGCCAAAAUGCCAACUCAAGCAGAAGCUUCAUGCACGAAAAAGUUUCGUUUUUUAAGCAAUGAAGCCGUCGCGUGUAGACUUGAAUUACUGAGUCCUAGCUCAGUCACAAUCAUUCACAAGAUCCACACAAACUGUCAGUUGUUCGGCAUAAAAAAAAGCCGUCUUCUUUGGAGCUUGUUGCAGACAGUGACACCGUUUAUUUCCUGGUGUGAGACAAUGUGCACUGGUCAAUACUGUAAUGCCCCUUGUUGUGGGGAAGGAGAGACUCACGUCGCCGAUGCACUUUAAGCGCUUUAUUAACAGUGGUUUAUUAACCUACAGUAGUAGUUCUUUACAACUUUUAUCCGCAGUCUCACAGUGUCCUCUACUGGUCAACAUUCAAAAUGGCCGCCAACCUGUCUAUAACGGCCACCUGCCUAUAGCAGCCACUUUUGCCGUCUCCCUUUAGUGCCUGCUAUAGACGGGUUUGACUGUAUUUUUUGCAUGUAUCUUAGUGUGUAAGCGUUUAUUUUGAUACUCGCAUAGUGUGUGUGGUGCAGUUACAUCGUGUGUUCCGCUUGUUCUGUUGUAUUUGGUUGCACCAUGAGUGAGAGGCGUUGUUGAGUGCUGUGUGAGUAUGCGUUCACUUCAAUAUGUACAGUAUGCUGUGUGCAAUGUGUACUUAGUUGAUGAAUGCACACAUUUCGACAUCAAAAUGGUUAUUUACAAAUGCCCGCAAGGCAUCCUGGGUAGUCCAGCUGCAACAACAAUAUUACCUAUGAACAAUAACACAUUGGAUAUCAAAAAUAUGUUAACUCUUCCUUGUUUACUUCUCUGACGACCUCCUCCACAUAUUUUGCAAUCUAGCAAAAAUGUGGUAAAAUGUUGAGAGACAGAAUACCACAAGCUACCCAGCAUGCCUUGCGGCUAGAAUAUAUGGGUGUUUUUUUGGCAUGGGUAUUGCUCGUAGAUAUUGUUUGUAUGCCCACAUGGUGCAGUCGGUAGGUUACUUUGUGCGUUGUGUGUGUUGUGUGUGAUUGCGUCUGACUAUUUUGCCAACUCAAGCGUGCCACAAUAGCACUGAAAGUCCUGUUGCCAGCUACAGUUUCCAUGUUAAAGGUUUAAAAACAAGGAGUUUGGAAAUGCCCGGUGGGCCGGAUUAAGAUGCUUGAUGUGGCCCGCGGACCGCAGUUUGCUCGCCCCAGCUUUAGAAUGUCUCUUAAUCCCAUGUUUGUAUGUGUUUUACUGUGU